AUGGCGGGUGGAGAAGCUGGAGUGACUCUGGGGCAGCCACAUCUUUCGCGUCAGGAUCUCACCACGUUGGAUGUUACCAAGUUGACGCUACUUUCACACGAAGUUAUCAGUAGACAAGCCACAAUUAAUAUGGGUACAAUGGGUCAUGUAGCUCAUAGGAAAUCCACAGUUGUCAAAGCUAUUUCUGGAGUUCACACCGUCAGGUUCAAAAAUGAACUAGAAAGAAAUAUUACAAUCAAGCUUGGAUAUACCAAUGCUAAGAUUUAUAAACUUGAUGACCCAAGUUGCCCUCGGCCAGAAUGUUGUAGAUCUUGUGGGAGCAGUACACCUAAUGAGUUUCCUACAGACAUUGCAGGGACAAAAGGGAACUUCAAAUCAGUCAGACAUAUUUCCUUUGUUGACUGUCCUGGCCAUGAUAUUUUGAUGGCUACUAUGCUGAAUGGUGCAGCAGUGAUGGAUGUAGCUCUUCCGUUGAUAGCUAGUAAUGAAUCUUGUCCUCAGCCUCAGACGUCUGAACACCUGGCUGCUAUAGAGGUCAUGAAACUGAAGCAUAUUUUGAUUCUACAAAAUAAAAUUGAUUUGGUAAAAGAAAGUCCAGCUAAAGAACAAUACAAACAAAUCCUUGCAUUUGUCCAAGGUACAGUAGCAGAGAGACCUCCCAUUAUUCCAAUUUCGACUCAGCUGAAAUACAAUAUUGAAGUUGUUUGUGAGUACAUACUAAACAAAAUUCCAGUAUCCCCAGGAGACUUUACUUCAGAGCCCCGGGUUAUUGGUAUUAGAUCUUUUGAUGUCAACAAACCUGGCUGCGAAGUUGAUGACCUUAAGGGAGGUGUAGCUGGUGGUAGUAUCCUAAAAGGAGUAUUAAAGGUGGGCCAGGAGAUAGAAGUAAGACCUGGUAUUGUUUCCAAAGAUAGUGAAGGAAAACUCAUGUGUAAACUAAUCUUUUCCAAAAUUGUAUCACUUUUUGCAGAGCAUAAUGAUCUGCAAUAUGCUGCUCCAGGCGGUCUUAUUGGAGUUGGAACAAAAAUUGACCCCACUUUGUGCCGGGCUGACAGAAUGGUGGGGCAAGUACUUGGUGCAGUUGGAGCUUUACCUGAGAUAUUCACAGAACUGGAAAUUUCCUAUUUCCUGCUUAGACGGCUUCUAGGUGUACACACUGAAGGAGACAGGAAAGCAACAAAGGUUCAAAAGCUGUCUAAGAAUGAAGUGCUCAUGGUGAACAUAGGAUCCCUGUCAACAGGAGGGAGAGUUAGAGCUGUCAAGGCUGAUUUGUGUAAAAUUGUUUUGACCAAUCCAGUGUGCACAGAGGUAGGAGAAAAAAUUGCCCUUAGCAGAAGAGUUGAAAAACAUUGGCGUUUAAUUGGUUGGGAUCAGAUAAGGAGUGACAAUCAAGCCAACAGUAGAUGA